UUAGUAUAAGCGCCGGAGGAUUCUGGACGUGGCAAUGUAAGCUCAAUUGUGUGAAAUGACGCCGCAUCUACAGGAAAUUGCCACAGGAGACGUGCCUGUAUGGCUUCUUAUGGCUACUGUAGAUGGAUUUCCUUGAAUGCUGCGCCCCAAGAACGGUCUGUCAAUAAUAAUCUGCACCAUUUUGCUGAUAUAACCCUUGGGAUACUUCUUCUUUUCAGUAUUAUGGAGCAUGGCGACACGGAAUCCCAGUCUAUCAUAUCAUUUCUACGCCAUGCCCGAAAGAAACUCUAUAUCGUUGAAUAGCAAGGAUCUGGCACUGUAAUGGUUGUUGGACUUGGAGAAGCUCGGUCUGCCCCUGGCCAUGUCGAAGUACACUCCAGCCUCUCUGAGCUUGGAA